UUAAUUCACCUCAGUCCCAUUCCUCUCUAAAAAUUGAAAGAAAAAAUCAACUCAACUCUACCCACCCAUUGACCUACCCUCGCCGCCCGCAGCUCGCCGCUCGCAGCCACGCCAACCACCGCAGCCACCUCAAUCCCGCAGCCCCGUCGCAUGUACAGGCAUCGCGUAUGGAAGCUUGGCGCCAUCGCAGGAGCUUGAAGUCGUCUCCUCUGUUCGACAGCGCUCUCUCUAAGUUCACCGUACCUCCGUCACCGUCACCGUAACCGUCACUGUCAAGAACUUCUUUGUGCUUCCCUCGCCGCCUGACAUCUCUGUUUGUUCUGUCUUCAUCCAUUAGCUGGAACAUUCCCUCACCGUACAUAUCAUGGCGUACAAUACAUCAUUUCUUGACUAGAUUCUUCUUUUGUAGGCCAUACAACUUGAUCCAGAAUUUGCCAAGAACAUUGGGCAGAUUGUUAUACUUGGUGCUGCUUUCGUAGUAAAUGGCAAUGUGAAUCCAGCCGCGAAAGCCAAUGUGUGUUGUGAUGAAAUAAAUAAAUAACUACAUCUGUGUAUGGGUCAUUUCUCUCCUUGUCUCACUCCUUUAGUUGGGUUUAAUUCCAGAUAUUUGGUGAUCCAGAUGCUGCAGAUGUUGUGUUCACAAGUGGAGCGGAUAUACUAACAGUGGGGAUAAAUGUUACCCACCAAGUUGUAUUGAUUAGUACACGCUUUGUCAAAGUUUUCUUCACUCAUUUUUUUAAAAUUUUUAACCAUUAAUUCAUUGGUACUAUCUUUAUGAAAAAUUUUCAUGUUGGGUCAAAUGUUUACCACUAGAUCAGAAGCUAUGGUUGUUAGUAGGAUACAACUUUAUUUUCUUAUACUUUCUCAAAUCAUAUCUAGCAUGAGGAGGUGCUAAACCUAUUUUAACAUUUAUAUUUUAGAUAAAAGUAAGUACAGAAAAUCAACUUUUAAUUAGUUAAAAUUAGACAAGUUUUUUAUUAUGAAAUUACUUUCUUAACUUUCAUUUUUUGGAAAGUAUAGAGUUUAGGAUUUAGAAUUAGAAUUUAUAAUAAAAGGGUAAUUUUAGAAAAAUUGUCUAAUAUUGGCUGAAAAAUAGUUGAUUUCCUAGUUGAAUUCUUUAGAUUUUAGUUGGUGAGUUUUCUAUAACAGAGGUUUCAGUUCAAUUGAACUCAGAUGUCUACCCAACUGAACUAAUAUUCAAGACUUUCUUUGAUCAAUGAAAAGUUACUGCUGUGUUACUAAAUAUUUCAAUUAUUUACUGUCUACCCCACAAGAACUAGAAGCCGUCUUUAUUCUAAUGAAGCAUCGCAUUGGUAUGUUACAAUGAAUCUGUCUUUGACAUUUAUUUCUCAUAUCUUGUUCUGUAGUAUGCUUAAUUUUACAAGUAUUAAGGUUAGACAGAUAUUUUGUGUUGUAUUUUGUUAGAACUGAACCCUAAAGAGUUGGGAAAGGAUUUGAAGAAACUUGGAAUUUGAAUGGUUACAUGGUUUUGUAUCAGUAUGCUCACAGAACAACAAUGGGGCAAACUAUAAGAUGCAAGCGUACAUAAAGUACAAAAGUUCUAAUCAAGAAAAGUUGGCAAGUUCAAAUGGAAAAUUCGCUCAGUACUUGACCAAAAUCCUCGAUCUGUAUUUCUCGUAUCCUCGUGAGGCCUACAACACCGACGGGGUUUACCUUCAUGACCCCACAGCAUUUCCUGCAGCUGUUGAUCCUACUCUUGUAACCUGCAUGGAGGGUAGUGUUAGAGUUCAAACCAGUGACAUUACACGGGGUCUUACAAUACUGUACAACAAACUGAAAAGAAACUCGAUGCACCUCAGCCCCAUUCCUCUGUGAAAUUGAAAGAAAAAAAGGAAAUCAAGCUCUACCCACCCAUUGACCCAGCCCCGCCGCCCGCAGCCCGCAGCCACCUAAUUUCCGUAGCCCCGUCGCAUGUACAUGCAUUGCGUGUGGAAGCUUGGGGCCGUUGCAGGAGCUUGAAGUUGUCUCCUCUGUUCGAGGCUCUCUCUAUGUUCACCGUGCCUCCGUCACCGUCACCGUAACCGUCACUGUCAAGAACUUCUUCGUGCUGCCCUCGCCGGCUGACAUCUCUGUUCGUUCUGUCUUCAUCCAUUAACUGGAACCUUCCCUCGCCGCUUAGAUCUCCAUUCGUUCUGUUCGCACUUCAGGCAGGUCUUAUCUUUUUCUCCAUUGUGUAGUAUUCAUUUAUUUGUGUAUUCUAGCUUGAGUUUUGCGCUGUUGAUUCUUGUGAUUACUGAUUCUGAAAUUUUAAAGUUGUUCAUAAUUUUUGAUUCUGAAUAUCUUAUCUUCUGUGACUAGGAAAUAGGAAUAAUUUGUUUUGGUUAGUUACUUAAUUUUGCUCAUAAUUUUGUUGAGCAAUGUUAGGGGCCAUCAAUUUUUGUGGUUGUUAGCCAUCAACUAGCCAUCAAUGAUGAUUUGAUGGUGUGAGAUUGGUGUAAGAUUUCAUCCAAUGGCUCACCUUUCUCUGCUGGUUACAUGCUAGCCAAAAUUCAAUAAAACUGCUGGCCCCCUAGACUUUUCUAUUUUUGUUAGCUGGAUUUUGAAUUUUGUUUGCUGUGACUUGGAAUCAUUUUGUAGUAUUUAUUUGUAUUUUCUAGCCUGAGUUUUGUGCUGUUCAUUCUUUGAUUUAUGUCCUUGAAUUUUGUUCUGAAUUGAGUUAAUUGGAAUUGAAGUAGGUAAUUGGAAGAAGAAUAGCUUUAAUUUUGAUCAGAAACACCUUGGAUGUUGCUGUGUUAUUUUUCCGAACCUUUCAUCUUGUUAUAGUUGCUGAUGUUGUGUUGUUAUUUGUCUCUGUUCAUUUAGUUUUUGAUCAUUGAUCACUUAAGUAGUUAAAGUGAAUUUGCUUUUCUCUUUAUAUUAGAUUUACAAUUUAUUUUUUUUAAUGGUUUCUAUUGUAUUAAUAAGCUACUAGACCAACUUGAUUAAAUUUGGUUACUAAAAUAACGAGUAUGUUUUGCCACAAGGAUUUUUCUCUAUUUUGUCAAUUCAUAUAUUAUUUAUAUUAGAUGAUAUUAUGUCUCCUAUAUGGGAAAAUAUAUAGCUUGUCCUUCAAAAUUUAUACCUCUGGAAAACUUUGCUUUAUAAGACUAAUGACUAGGCUCAUUAGUUAUGGAAAUUUGCUUAUCUAUUUAGAGCGAGGAUCUCAACAAAUACAGGACUUGAAUUGAUAAUUUCAAUGUUUCGCCGGGUGCAUUCAGUUAUCAAUUGAAGGUAUAUAAUUGUGUAGGUAGAAUGGUGGAUUGUCCAAUGUCAUUCUAAAUACAAUUUUAGUGUGGAACAGUAGAGAAUCGGGGUGGAUGUCUAGAUCCUUUCCUCCAUUCAAAAGUUUCAUCAAAUUUGGGUCUUGCCAUCUUUAUACACCCAAACAGAACUUUUAAAAAACGAAUGUAACGAUGGCAUUUUGUCCUUAUUGAAUAUAAGUUGGUUUGUUAAAUGAGAAAGUGAUUUCUACCAUAUUGAAGAAAUCAUACCACCCAUUUAUUUUUAUUUUAUCAUUAUAUCUCAAUUUAAUCAUGGUAGGCAUAUACUAAAAUUAGCCACUAAUAUAAACUACACAUUAAAAUAAUUAUUACUUCUGCAAUUAGGUUUUUGUUAUAUAUUUUUCUUUGCUUUAUGCCUUUUAAUUUUGUUCUCAACUGAGUUAAUUGGAAUUGAAAUAGGUAAUUAGAACAAGAGUAGCUUUAAUUUUGAUCAGAAACACCUUGGAUGUUGUUGUCUUAUUUUUCUGAACCUUUCAUCUUGUUAUGGUUGUUGAUGUUGAGUUGUUGUUGGUGUUGUGUUUUAUUUUUUUAAUUUAUCUUCUUGCAAUGUCCCUGUUUGCUGGUGGUCUUCUGUUAUACAGAAUGCCCCAUUCACUUUCACCUUCAUAUGGAAGAGGAUGCUUACUGCUUUAGCUUUGGUGUAUAAUCUCCUAAAAGUAUUUGCUUAAUCUGAAUUAUUUCUAUUUUAUUUAAUUGUGCUGUUUACUUUCUAAACUAAUUUUCACUUUGCUCGUUUCCUUCGAAAGAAGUGAGAUAGAAGUCAUGAAGUAGAGAAGGCCUUAAAAAAUUGUAUGAUAUUAAUUAUGUAUAUCUAUUGAAUGAUUAUGAAACAAAUAAAAAUGGGUAAUAGCCAGCCAGAAAUAAAAAGAAGCUGAAUGCUUUUCCUUGUGCAUGCCCUCAUGAUUCCUGAACAUUAGAUUAAAAUGCAUCCAACUCAGUUUUAUCUUCCUUUAUACACCUCAUUUAAAUCAAUUUCUAAUAUUUAUUAUCUAUAUUGUUUCUAUAAGCAUAAUGUGCAUGACAUUGUUCUGGUCAAGUGCAAGUAUUACUACCACAUGUUUUCAUUGCUACAUACAUUUCAUUCAUUUUAUCUUUGGUGAGAAUGUCAUUUCUACUUUGUACAGACCAUGACAAAUGAAAUUAUAAAGUGAUGAAAUCAUUGAUGCUCAUUUUUAAAAAAAUUAAUCUAAAUAUAUGUUGUUCUACUUAGGUCUUUAAGAUACAAAAAAGCUAGUCAACCAAAUUAGGGACAUAAAAGUAAAUACAAUUGGAUGGAUUGUAUUAAAAUCUUUUAGUUCUUUAAAGGUGUUGUUGUAUUUU